AUGUCCAAGCAGUACUCUGUCAGAGAUCUUCCGUCGCACACCAAACUUAAGUACAGACAAGAGGGCCAGGGACGCCCAGAGGAUCUUCAGGGGAAGGACUUUAAACGCGACCUUGAGGAAAAAGAACGACUCGCGGCUCUAGAAAAAUCGAAAAAAGGUUAACUAACAAUUUUUUUAUAUGAUGUUAGGUAACCCCUUCUGUUGUUGCAUCAUCCUUUCCCACUUUAUUUAGAGAAGUUCUUGUGUUGUGUGUAGAAUUGUCUCAUAGUUUGUCUGGUUCAUUUUCGGUAUCGCUAUAUAAUUUCGGCGGAUUGACUUUUAUGGGGUUCAGGUGUUCCCUGUAGGAUGAUAACAGCUCGCAGCGCUUCCAACACUGUACAAUAUACGCGUAUUGAAAGGCCUAGGUUGAGAUAUGGUGAAGGUAUUUUGACAGAAUACAACCUUUGAGUAAGGUUUUGCACCACAUAGGCUGUUAUUUUGGGAUUAUGUUGGGCAGUAGUACAUCGACAAUUUUCGUUUCCACAUCAUCAUUUGGUUAAUGGGGUCUGCUGGCUCUCGUCUGCCCAAUUUUCGAUGUCUGACGUGUCUGUAUUUACUUUUUUGAAGAAAAGGGUGUUUAUUUACUGGUUGCCGAUUUCUUUAGCCUAGUAUUGACUGGCCGCGCGGGCUUCCCCCGUUUCCCCUUUUUAUUUCAACGUUCGUUUCUUAUGUCCGAAAAAAUGCAAUAGUCCACACGUAUGUGCUUUCUUACUAUCACUGUAGGCACCAUCAACGGCCCACGUGAAAGUUGGUUAUAUCUGUUUAGGCGCAUAAACCAUGUCAUCACGUGUGACUGUCAGUGGUACCGAAUCAAGAGUGCCUGGCUCAUUCCCUCCGAAAUAGAGUAGACGGGAUGUUGAGAGUCCAAGAAUUACAUCCAUAUUUUGACAGUGCAUUGUGCCAGGUUCUGAGCCAACCUCUUCGCAACAUCCAAAUAGGCGAUUGCGCAAGCGUAAACGCGACAACUUCAAACUCAUAGCGUGGGGGCGAAAAACGUUCCCAAAUCACCCUGGGGCAUCCUAUCGAUGUCGUCACAGGGAGUGAGUUGUCUCUUACAUACGAAAGUCGGUGUGCGCUACAAUUUAGAUCAAGCGUACCCCAGUUCAUGUUGAUCUGAUGCAGCACUGCAUGCCUGUGGAGAAGCCUAGUUACCCCACUCUGUUCCCGGCGCGUAUCUAAGCUUGUGCACUAUAAGCAGGCAGACCACCACUGCUGGUCUCCAAUCACUCAUCACCCAUUCUCUGAUGGGGGGGAUCUCGGACCUUAAGCCAGCGGGAAUGGCACAAAGACCACAUUAAGAAGUCAUGGAAUUUUGCCUCUCCGUUCUAAGUGAGACAGGGUUGUUCUGUAACUUGACAGCCUUUAAGUCGCAACUCUUUGCAAGCUUUGCUAGUUUAAAAACCCUGUUGUGGUUAGUAGUGAGAGAACUAAGCCUUAGUUACCAGCUGCAACUAUCAUAUUGUCCUCACUUCCGUUCCGGUGAGGAGUGUGAAUCAAGUCGGACGGUAUAAGGCUCAGUGGCUAACGCGGUGCGAAUCUUCUGUCUAACGCGUACAGCCCGCAAACAUGUAAACAUGCGAUGCGUCACUCGCGAGUACUCACGUUGGCAAACGUAGUUGCCUUUUGGUGGCCUUGCAGGUUUCCAACUUUGACGGAUGCAAGUAAAAACAUGUGGCCACUUAAACCAGGCGGAUUGGGUAUCUUCAGCAGUGAUAGUGACUGGUUGUGUCAGGAAUGGUAUGGCUCUGUUUGCAUGGCAACGAAAACAAAGGUGUACAACAAGACCAGUAGGGGCCUUGGGCAUGAGUUGACAGUGGAGACAUGUUGAGGUGGUCUGGGCGUUGACCAUAUUAACCCAAAGACAUCUGUAUUCCAUGACCAAUCAAUAAAUUGUAACUUGUCAACGCGUAAUGAAGGACUUGGUUAGUAAAGCAAUCGAACAGUGAUAACGGAAAGCUGUUCUACGCCAUUCCUUUGUACAUUGAUUGGCUCAGCGAGAUCGAGUUUUAACCGGGUCCAUCAUUUUUGGGGACGUGCCAUCAUGCCACAGGAUUAAGUGCACAAAGUUUGUAUAGGCGGAGUGAAGUUCAGGGGCUGGUGAUAACAGGGGCUGCAUUUAGAAGGGGGGAAUUCUGGCCCGUUAACAGAAGCCCAUUAAUGACUUCGGAAUUCUGUACGGUUCUAGAAUGCACCGGACGUGAUUUCGUGACUCUGGCACCUAAAGCGGAAAUCUAACUGGUCCUGAUACUGAGAGUUGGUCAAGUGCUUCCGUUGCAAUUUAUUUAUGGCGACGCCAAUACGUCAGUAUCGGUGGGUUAAACAAAAUCAUUAUGCAGGAAGUGACAAGGCACUUUUAGGGACAUACGUUGGAUCGAGCCAGUUUUUGGACUACAGUUAAAUCUGAUGGAAUGAUGAGGUAAAAUUCUGUGGCGGUGACGCGAUCCCCUAGGCUAUUCAUGACAAAUUAAAACGGUCUCUCACAUGGGGGCGAAGUAAGCAUAUUUCGCCCGGAAGCCCCCCGGGAUAGCGGGGCUGGGAAACCUCCGGGCUCGUUUUCUUGAACGCAUAAUCUAGUCCGCGAGAGUAUGGAAGAAGACUUUUUGACAAGCUUCGUAGUGUACGCAUUUCUUCGCGGCGCCUGAGUUGUUGUACUUGGUCGAGGGACACCUUGGAAGCCUGACAAAAAACCCGCUUGCGAUAUCGACUAGGGAACAAUAUAAAUCACCCUCUCCGUCUGACGGCAGCCUGUUGUCUAGAUAUUCGAAACUGCCUAUUCACCCAAUUAGAGAGUUAUUUAUAAUGAAAUCCACAUCCUGAUCGGGAGUUCACAUCAAGGGUGCAUCAUUUUUUGCUGCGUGGGAAAAGACAGACUUGCCCUAUGACUAUUGUUGCCGGUUUCAUUCAUUCCUUCGAUCUUCCUAGAUCGGCUGUGGUAGUUCAUUACCAUUAGAUUAGAUGAGAUCAUUUGGUCGGCAUCGAAAAAGUAGUUUGACAGCGCUAAAAUUAUGCAGGACCUUUGGAGUAUCUGGCCGGUUACACAGUUGAAUGGGAGUGAAUAUGAAUGAGUUUCUUGACAGGAUCUCUGAGCGCCCCUUCAUCAUUGUAUAUUCUCGAUCGCAACCGACAGGACAACGAGCCCGUGGCUCAGUGGUUGGAGGCAUUGGGCUCCUAACUAACAGGUUGCGAGUUCGAGCCCCAGGUGUUCCACACCUCGGGGUUGGGUAUGACAGGGUGACAACGGCUAAUAAGCCAGCAAUGGCCAUUCCAGCCUCCCUUUGUCAGUAAUGUUAUUCUGCCUAUAUUACGCACCGCUGUGCGACUGCCAGCUGGACUUGAGAGAGAGCCCUAAGGCACAACGGGACGAGUGAGUUCCGGAACAUAAUCAGUGAGCGCCCCCUCUACCGCAGUUGGAAGGGAUGGGUGACAGAUUGCAUCCAUUUCGAAAGUCCAACUGAAUUUCGAGUGAUUUUAAGCGCUUACCGGCCAUUAUCCAAUGCAUUUACGUUUGACGGAUAGUAGCACUACCUGUAGGCCGCCACAGAUCAACGACUGUAACAUCAACCACCUGUUACGUUGUCAGGAAACCCAAUGACGGCACUGCGACAUGACCACCAUUGACGAUAGUUAAGAAACUUAUGUAGCCAUUGUGAUCAUGCAAUUAGAUUCCGAAAGGCUAAAGUGCUAGAGACAACUCCAACCAAGGAAAGCAGGCAACCACCGUGAACUUGUCUGCCAUUUAAAGCAUUGAUUUUCACUCGUACAUGCUCCAAGUAGGUCGAACAUAAGUAUGCUGAUGCAGGCCAUGGUUAUUAGUCACAGCUGACCAAGCAGUUCCUCGUGUUAACUCUAGUGCUUCUUGCCCCUAUGAAUGCCUGUUGGUCUGUUCAUCCUCAACCUGUAUCCUAUAUGUUAGCGACUUCUGAUGCGGCAACUGUCAAUACAGCUUAUGGCACACAUCUAAGUCCUUACUUGUCUAUCUCCCUCUUUAUAGGUGGCCUCCACUCACAAGCUGCCCUAGCCACAUCGGGAGAGAAACGUGCGAUCGCCGAUUCGGCUUCUCGUUCUUCUGCCGCUGACGGCGCCUCUACUUCCAAACGGCCUCGCCCCGAGCUGUCGGCUGCAGCCAUUGCAUCCGUCUCAACGGCCAAUUUGGAUGCUGAUGACCCUUGGGAGGAGGACUACACAGAGGACGCCACUGACAGCAAAGCAGUGGACCUUGAUAAGGAUGAAGAUGACAGAGAGGAUGAAGAUGAUGAAGACGAAGAUGAGGACGAGGAGGCCCUGUUGGCGGAGUUGGCCAAAAUUAAACGUGAAAGAGCGGAGGAGGCAGCGCGCCUAGCUGCGGAGAGGAAGGCUAUGGAGGAGACUAUUCGAAUGGAAAAUAUCCUUAAAGGCAAUCCUCUUCUGAACGUGGCAAAAACGCCCGCAGGUUAACACCCCGAUUAUGCUUUUGUACUGAGUCAUAUCAGACUACGUACCGCCUAUUUUUGAAUACCACUGCAUGCGCGGUUUGUGGGUACGGCCAUCUUCACUUUCAGAGAACAUCUGCGCAUCUUGAAUGUUGAACGAGGUAUUCGUCGACGUAUCCUGACAAUAAGAUUUGUGUUUUGCCUUGACAUUCCGGGCUUAUAGUCCUUACCGACGGUCCUAUAACGAUUAGCAAUCAUUGUUAUAGAGGAUAUCAACAAAAUUGGAAACACUUGAAUGGCCUUUUCUCGUUUUUUCGUCGUCAUUAGGAAGUGUUAUCCUUACCACGGGCGCUAACGCACCGGACGUUGGAGUCCAGGUCUGCUUAGUCAUUGAAAGAAUUUGAGUUACUGGGUUUGCACUCACUCCGUCCUGCCAUCGGGAUAGACCUGUGGACUACACUCACAUAAAUUUGCACAUUUCAGGUCCGGUAUGCUGCAAAAUGGCCAGCUCCUGAGGGGGGGGGGGGCUGGAGAAACAGAUGCCAACUGUUCCUGAGCGCAGUCCGCCUGCAUACCAGGCUGUAGAGGGCCACCUAUAGCAUUAAGUUGCCAAUAAAUAACUGGACUAAAUUAACUCGAUAGAACGGUGACAGGCGUGUGAAAGUUUUCGUGCUUCGAUGAGUAACUGGAGUCCGAAUUCUUAACGUCAGCUAGGUUUUUUAGCUUUCCUGGAUAGCUUGAAGCCGAUCCAGCCACGAUCAAAGAUCCCGGGUUCGAAUCUCAAGUGAUUCACCCUUGGGGUUGGGUAUGGCUGGCUGAUGACGGCUAAUAAGCCAGAAAGGGCCAUAUAUAUAUAAUGGCCUUCAAGUGAGUCGCUGCUCGUCACUGACUCAUCCUGGAAACAUGUCUUGGCAUGUCCGAUCAAUCAUAUCCGUUAGUAAAGAUUCAUCAGCAAUGUUUGAGGACAUUCUGGCAUUCGCCUCUAGAUUAACCUCCUCGUCCGACGGUUACGAAGCGCAUCCCAUACCGUCCUAAGGCAAGAUGAGUACCUUCAGAGUCGACCUCCUGAAUCGCCAGGGAUAGAGCUUGUUCAGCUCAUCUGAUUUUAUUAACCGACCUACGCCCUUUAAUUCAUGUAGAUAUUGACUCCAUGACUUGGCAGAUGCUUUCUUUAUGAUCACCUUUCAGGCUCUUCGGGAAUAUCACCGACCCAGCAUUAUUGUUAGCUCCGAGCCUUGCUGUUUGUCUUGAUACUCGAUCUGUCACCACGCGUGUCGUGGGAGACCGGACCUAUAGCAGAGCGAAGGAACUUGGGUGACUGUUUCAAGAGAGUAACAAUAAUAGCUCGCUGAUGAAAUAACGGGCUCUUGGCUACGCACAUUUGCUUCCCGGUUGUGCGUCCUUGUCGAUUUCCUCCAGCCAGUUGAUCAUGAUCACCGUCUGGCUACCUGUGUUUGUUAAAACGCCUACUGCGCAUAAGCAAGUAGCAAGUUUUAUGUUCUAAACUGUUUCCCGUAUUUUCUAUUUACAGAAUUCAAGGUAAAGCGGCGCUGGGACGACGACGUGGUUUUCAAAAAUUGCGCCCGCGGUGAGGUGGAUCACACGAAACGUGGAUUUGUUAACGACACCUUGCGCUCGGAAUUUCACAAAAAGUUUAUGCGGAAGUACAUUCAGUAG